GCUGUGUAGUGUGUGUAGGUACUACCUCGUUAAAACUAUUUUAUUGUGUAACUACCCUGUAUCCAUAAUGGAUUUUUUUGUAGUAACCACAUUAAAAGAAUGGGGAUUAGAAGAAUUGAUUUCAACAUUUGCAGCCCAAAAAAUUGACACUGAGGUGUUUAAUACUCUUACCGACAAUGAUAUUGAGAGCUUGAUAAUCGAAGUGGGCACCAAAAGGAAAUUUUUAAACAAGUAUCAAAACUUUAAGAAUUCUGUUUCUGGAAAUUCUGUUACUGAAAAGGGUAUGAAUGAGAUAAUCUUUGACACUAACUGGACCUUAGCUGACACAACAAUUUUACCCUCGCUAUGUGAUAUAAGCCCAAGUCCAUGAACUUCCAGUGCUCUAUCAGAA